UCGAAAUGUCUCUAGCUGGGAAAGUUGUAAUUGUGACAGGCGCAAGCUCGGGUAUCGGCGUGACGACAGCAGAAGCCUUCGCCAAGCAAGGCGCUCAGUUAGCGAUCGUCGGACGAAAUGCAGCCAAUCUUAAGACCACUGAAGCAGCCUGUAAAGCAAUCAAUCACAAAGUGGAAAUAUUAACUAUCGCUGCCGAUGUAACGGUAGAUGCGGAGCGUAUUAUAAACGAAACGAUUGCGAAAUUCGGACAACUGGAUGUGUUGGUGAAUAAUGCUGGCAUUGGUGGAUUGGGUGACAUUUUGAGCAUUGGUGUCGAUCAACUUGAUUCGAUUUUAAAUACGAACUUACGUUCGGUUCUCGUUUUGACUAAAUUCGCCGCCCCGCAUCUGAUUAAAACGCAGGGUAACAUUGUGAAUGUAUCCAGUAUAGCCGGUUUGCGUGCAUUUGCAAAUGCAUCCGUCUAUUGCACUUCGAAGGCAGCGCUUGAACAGUUUAGCAGAUGCAUCGCUCUGGAUUUGGCACCACAUAGCGUGCGUGUCAACGUUGUGAGUCCGGGUACCAUAGUGACACAGUUUCAUAAACGUUUGGGAAUGUCGGAUGAGCAAUAUGCUCAAUAUUUGGAACGUGGCAAACAGACACAUGCACUGGGUCGCAUAGGCACUACGAAAGAAGUGGCUGAUGCUAUAAUUUUCCUUGCAGGUGAUACUGCUAGCUUUGUGACAGGCGCAACUAUACCACUCGAUGGAGGAAAACAUGCAAUGUGUCCACGCUGAGUUUAAAUUUCAAUAGAAAGCACCAUU